UAGAUCACUCUCUCUCUCUCUCUCUCUCUCUCUCUCUCUCUCUGGCUGUGCUGGAGUCUCAUUUUAAAGGUCCUCCUGUGGACUAGCUGCUGACUCCUGGGUCUUCAGCUCUCAGUUCUGCUGCUGGCUGGGUUUAGUGCUGCUGAGCAUGCUCUCAGGGAGGUGGCCUGCUCCCCGUGCCCAUGACCCGGCCACCCUGGAGGCCAGGAUGGACGACCUGCAUCGUAAACUGGACCAGCUCCUGUCCCGCAGCCCUGCAGGAGGCUGCUCCAUGUGUGGGAUCUGCAGCCACCACAGCAAGCAGCAGGAGAGCAUAGCCAGCCAGCUCUCAGCCCAGGCCAGGCUGCUGGACUCUCUGGAGAGGACGGUGGCGGAGGUGAGGACAGCACUGGAGGAUCUAGCAAGCGGUCUGGAGGAGAGAUCCAGUGACAGAAUAUCUGUACCUGCAGUCGCUCUGCAGAGAAGGAAAUCCCUGCCAGUCAGGACGUCAGUGGAUGAAGUGUAUGUGCGGCUGGAUUUACCCAGAGAGAAAAUAAAGCAGAAUGCUUUCAAUGUGCUGUGUGGGAAAGGUCAGACAGGUGUGCUGAUUGAAGACAGUGAAGGUGAGGGUCCGAAAGGAGAAGCACUUAUAAUCAGAGAGGCCAAAGAUCAGCAUGAGCCUCAACCUCGCAAAGAAGUUCACAAAAAAUUAUCGAUUGUGGUGCCACAGUUGGCAGCAUCACAGCCCAGUCACGAACCUGCAAAUAUGGCCAAAAUAGAUGGAGCUACAUCAUCAUCAUCAUCAUCAUCAUUAUCAUCAUCAAGCCAAAAACCUUCCAAGUCAACUGGAGUGGCUCCACCCACAACGACAGCGACCUUAAAGGUUCCACCAAAGGUUGCACCGAAGACUGUCAUUAUAAAAAAUUCAACAAUAACAUCACAGAAUCAGACAGCAUUAAAACCAACAGAGGUGCCUUCUCCUGUUAAAUCAACUUCACCAGCCACCACAACUACAAAACCCACAGUCUCAGGAGCUCCAGCAUUACCAUCUAAUCAGAAUACGCCCAAACCAGCUGGCCUGGUGGCCACUUCUUCUGUACCCAAUAAUCCACCAAAUUCAUUUACCAUAACAGAGAUAAAAGCACCACCACCUUUACCUCAAAGUUCUCAGAAGGCAUGUUUAGCAGUUCCUGUAGCCACUUCUCAAAGCUUGGGAAAGUUUUCAUCUACUACACCAUCACCACAUGUAUCGGCAACACCAGAUUCACAACAGCCAAACUGUACAAUCACCAAAACUACAACAGUAGCAGGAGCUCAGCAAGCAUCAAAUCAUCUGCCAGGACAAAUCAAGACGAAUGGAGUGACUUCUCCACCAACAACAACAACAACAACGUCUCCAACUCCAGCCCCAAUCACCUCAACACCCAAAACUCCACCAACAGAGACUGUGACAUCCAGCCAUAAACCUGUAAAUGUGAUGGCUGUAGGUGCAUCUGCUGCAACAUCGCAAAAACCAGCUUCUGAAAAACCCUCAACGAAUUCUCAAACCACAAAACAGCUGGAAACAAAAAAAUCACCAAGUGGUUCAACAUUGUCUGCACCAAAAACAGCUGGCUUGAUGGUUCCCAGCGCAACAGCUGUAGGCUCCACCCUCAAACACGUGGCUAGUUGUCCAGAAUCCCUGCAAAGAUUUCAGGGUUCUGGAGGUAAGGCUGAGUCCACUCCCGCAUCAGCACCACUACUGGUGAAGCCUGGUACUGUGGCAGCAAGAUCAACAAGCCCGGGACAGAUGCUGGCUGGAGGAAUACAGAUCAGAAUAAGUCCAGCUGCACCAGAGCGAAGCACGACCCAGACCAAAACCCCUCCCAAAACCUGCCUCAAAGUGAUAGAUGAUGUCCCCCCUCAGCAAGCCCCUUUCCCACACAGGUGUGUGUCUCUGAGGCCCAGCCCACCAUGCGACUACAGCAUCCACACCAGAGAAGUGCUGGGAGGUGGACGUUUUGGCAAAGUGCACAAAUGCACAGACAACAAAACGGGGUUAAGACUGGCUGCCAAGCUUAUCAGUGCGAGAGGAGCCAAAGACAGGGAAACGGCACUGAAUGAGAUCCAGGUGAUGAACCAGCUGAGCCACCCCAACAUCCUGCAGCUGUACGACGCCUUCGAGGCCAAAAAUCAAGUAGUGCUGAUACUGGAGUAUGUGGAGGGAGGAGAGCUGUUUGAGAGGAUCGUGGAUGAGAACAGCCCGCUGACUGAAGUGGACGCCAUGGUGUUUGUGAAGCAGAUCUGUGAGGGAGUUCAGUACAUGCACCAGAUGUACGUCCUUCACCUGGACCUGAAGCCUGAAAACAUCCUGUGUGUAAACCGGCCUGGUCAUCAGAUUAAGAUCAUCGACUUUGGGCUUGCCAGAAGGUACAAACCCAGAGAGAAGCUGAGAGUGUCGUUUGGGACUCCUGAGUUUUUGGCUCCAGAGGUGGUCAACUUUGACUUUGUGUCCUUCCCUACAGAUAUGUGGACUCUAGGAGUCGUCACAUACAUGCUAUUAAGUGGGCUUUCUCCAUUUCUGGGUGAUGAUGACAGCCAGACCCUCAACAAUGUGCUGACGGUCAACUGGUACUUUGAUGAGGAUGCCUUUGAGCACGUCUCUGAUGAUGCCAAAGACUUUGUCUCCAACCUGCUGAUCAGAGAGCGGAGUGGUCGUUUUAGUGCUACUCAGUGUCUUAAGCACCCGUGGCUGAACAACAUUUCAGAGAAAGCCAAGGGCAGUAAUAUCGUCCUGAAGUCGCAGGUCCUGCUCAAGAAAUACAUGGCCCGCAGAUUGUGGAAGAAAAACUAUAUUGCGAUCGCUGCAGCCAAUAGGUUUAAGAAGAUCUGCAGUUCAGGGUCUCUUACAUCCAUGGGAGUGUGAUUAGGAUUUGUUUGUGAAUGUAUGUAAGAUGUAGCAUUAUUCAUUAUGUCCACUUUGGCUAUUGGCUUUACAUGAUUAUGUAAAACAUGUGCCAAAUGAUUUUUUUUUGUAUAUAAUUUAUUUUAAAUUGAUUUCCCAGUUUAUCCCCAAUUUAAAUGGCCAAAUAACCAACCCACUCAUUAGGACUUCCCCUAUCACUAGUGAUUCCCCAACACCAGGAGGGUGAAGACUAGCACAUGCCUCCUACGAUACAUGUGAAGUCAGACUCUGCCUCUUUUCAAAGUAGAGUAGCAGAGUAGCAUCACAGCGCAAUCGGAGGAAGGCGCAGCAAAUCGGUUCUGAUACAUGAGCUCACAGACGCCUUGUGCUGAUCCACAUCACCCUUUGGAGUGAUGAGGGGAAAGAGUGCCAUCUACCCACCCAGAGAGAGCAAGGCCAAUUGUGCUCUCUCAGGGCUCCGGCAGCUGAUGGCAAGCUACAUAAACAGGAUUCGAACCGGUAAUCUCCAGAUCAUAGUGGCAGCGCUUAGCCCUCUGAAUCACCCAGAGCCAGCCCCCCUUAAAUGAUUGAUUUUAUGCAGUUAUGCCAUUAUUGUAAUAGCUGAUACAUCAAGUAAUACCCCCUGUCAAAAUGUAUAUUUUACAAAUUGUGUAAAAAAAAAAAGAAAAACAUGUGUUUCGAAAACAGCAGAUUUACAUGAGAACUAAAAAUGUCCACUUUCAAUGAAAGUCAGUGUAAAAAGAUUUUUUUAAGUAAUUUUGGAGCAUUUCUAUUGGUCAAUUCAUCAUGAAAUUCAUUGUGUAGGUCAGCUGCUGUGCUCAAACUGUAAAGUAAACCAAAAAUUGAAAAAAUAAACAGCGAUGAUAGAUAAACAUAAUGUUGAUAAACAUAUUAUUGUUAGCUAUAUGCUGGAUUCAGUGAAGGAAGGAAGGCAUGUAUGUGUUAAACAGGAAAUGCUGUUUAUUGAUGGAAAGGCAUCAUAAGUAUUCAUUCUAAGACAGUAUUUAUAUAUACUACAGCUUUCUAGAGCUGUAUAGAGGAAGUAGGAACAGGAACUCAAAUAAAAAUCAUAAAUAAAUAACUUCUUUCUAUGUUUAACAGCUGUGACUCCGUACAUGUGGCUAUACAUAUGUGUGUGUAUAUAUGUAAAGCUACAGUCUUUAACUGUGCACCAAUAAAGUGGCAAGUAAAUGUA